AUGACGUUCGGUGUACCGGGAAAUCCCGUAAAGGGACAAAACCAUCCGACGAACGGAACGAAACGAAACGAAACGAAAAAAAAAAAAAUGAAAUCCGAAGAAUGCAAAAAAUGCACAUGCCCUCCCUGCGAGGAGCCGCCCAAACUGCGUAAGGUCAAAAAGCUCCUGGCGAAAUGCAUCGACCUGGACAAGCGUCCCGACGCCCUCCGCAUCGACGCCCGUCUCACCGACGUCGUCUGCUACAGGGCGCCCUGCCUGGAUCCCUGCAACGUGCCCUGCCUGCCGGUGCCCUGCGUCUCGGUGGACACCCAAUGUUGCUGCGCGCCGCCCAUGAUGGACGAGGAGAUGAUGGUGGCGCCCGAGCGGGCGGACAAGGAGAACUACAUCAUACCGCAACCGUGCUGUCCGCCCUCGUGCCCGCCGCCCUGUUGUCCCGCGCCUUGUUGUCCUCCGGCUUGUUGUCCCUCCUGUCCCCCCUGCUGA